AUGGGAGCAGCGAAUCGUGUCGAGAAUGAGGUUGCUAUGAUGACUCUAGCUGCGGCUGCGCUAGACCCAAAUUUCGAACCCAACGUUGUGCCUCGUCUGUAUGGCUGGGCUGGAACCACAUCUAAAAAAGGGGAGCCACAGCAAGGUUGGAUCCUCCAGAAGCUCAUGCCAGGCGUUCCUCUAGACGAAAAGCUAGACAACAUGGAACUCGAGGAGAAGAAAGAAAUAUUUGCACAGAUCGCAAAGCUCCUCAAAAGUCUUCAGGACUUCCCACUACCCGCCUCUGUUACUGAAUUUGGAGGACUGACCUUUGAUAACGAUAGCAACAUAAUCAGUGCACCAAUGACCACCACCAGUACUGGUCCCUGGCCCUCGUACGAGGCUGCAUUUGAAGCACGGCUCAAGCAAGCUCUGAAGAAAACCGACGAGAAUUCUUAUAUCCGGGGCUGGCAUGAGAAUGGCGUCCGGGACCGACUAGAGGCCUUUAUAGAGCGAGGGCUCCCAGAAUAUUUCAAGCAGCUUGAAUCGCGCGACGACAAGGCAAUAAUCCACGCAGAUUUCAGUCGUAUCACAGGAUUAAUUGACUUCGACUUUUCGUGCGUUCUCCAUCCUUCAUACGAGUUCCUUUGCUCCUUUAGUGGGUUUGGCGGCAAGUUUGGGGGCUGGCCCGACAUUGAGGCCCGUGAAGAAAGGGCCCUAAAGGAAGCCAAAUUACACGGCUUCCCAGACCCUCUCCCCAAUAAUUAG